AGAGACAGACAGACUGACAGACAGACAUACAGAUACAGACAAUACGCCGUGGGAAAAGGGUUACAUUUUUUUUUCCGUGUCCACCCUUUGAAUUCUUUGGGUUUUCGAGUUUUUAGUUUUGUGUGUGAAAAAAAAGGGAAAAAAAAAGAAAAAAAGAAGAAUUCAAAAGGGGGUUUGUGCGCCUUUUGGUGGAGCCGUCACUGUCGCUGCUAGUUUAGAGAGAGAAAGAGAGGAGAGAGAGAGAGAGAGAGAGAUGGAGAGUGGGAAGAGAGGAGCGGAAGCUGGGCCAUCAUCGGGUUAUGGUGUUGGCGAGGAGCGGCAACAGAAGCACAAGGAAAUGAGCCGAAAACCAAGCGAGCUUCGUGUUGUUCAAGAAGAGGAAGAAGUUGCUGAUGAAAGUAAAGGUGGUGAUGUUGGUGGGUUUGUUCCUGGGCCUCUGCUUUCUCUCAAGGAGCAGAUUGAGAAAGACAAGGAUGAUGAUAGCUUAAGAAGGUGGAAAGAAAAGUUGCUUGGUUCCUUGGAAAGUGAUCUGAAUGGUCAAAAGGAACCUGAGGUCAAAUUCCACUCUAUCGGAAUCAUCUCCACUGACUUUGGGGAGAUCAAUACUUCCUUACCUGUUAAUGAAGACCAAAAGGACCGUGUCCUUUUUACACUUAGAGAAGGAUCCGAAUAUCGGCUUAAGCUAACAUUCAGCGUUCUGCACAACAUCGUUUCGGGCCUUACAUACUCUAACACUGUGUGGAAAGGAGGAGUUCAAGUUGAUCAAAGCAAAGGAAUGCUGGGUACGUUUGCUCCGAAUCAGGAACCUUAUGCGCACGCAUUGGAGGAAGAGACCACUCCGUCAGGGGUUCUUGCAAGAGGGAUUUACUCUGCAAAGCUUAAGUUUGAAGAUGAUGAUAGAAGAUGCCAUAUGGAACUCAAGUAUUCUUUCGAGAUCAAAAAGAAGUCUUAGUAUGAUGGAUUUUCUUUAUCUAUAAACCGAUAAAAAAAAAAAGAAUGAACUGCAUACCUUUGUAAUACUACUGAUUAAAAUUGCGUUCUAGGUGUAAUGGAAAUGUAAAACUGGAUUUUUAUGAAUUUUUCUGAUACAAAUGCAACAUUGAACUGGAAUUUCUGGUGCUCAUCUCCUAGAUAUUCAAGUUCUUAUAACUGCUUUGUGUUCUCUGUUAUUCUGCAAUUUGACAAUUAAUGAGCCUAGUCCUACAAGGGACUUUACCUCGGACAUUCACUUUAUA